ACUGUAACCCCUUUUACCCUUUUAUUUUAUGCAAUGAUUUUUGAAACCCUAUAACCCCCAAAACUUGUCUAAACUCACCCAUUUCCUCAGCUCAUCAUCAGUUGGACAACUUCUUUCUUAACUCUGCUGAAUCGGGUGAAAAUUUUAUUUCUUUUUAAUAUAGUACUUGUAAAUAAUAAUACUUGUAUUUAAGUUUAUGUUUUUUUUGUUCCUUCAACUAUCCAGAUCAUUUUCCUUUUUUCUUUAUAGUAUAAUUAUGCAAUGCACAGAGGAAGAAGAAAAUAAAAAUAUAGAAGUGAAUGGGUUUCAUGACUUAGAUUUUGGAAAGGAAAAAAAGGGACAAAAUAUCAUAGAUUGGUGAUCUUCUACUUUCAUUCGCUAGAGUAUACUUGAUAUGCUAUUUUGGGCCUUUUUGUUAUUACUGAAGAAAAUGUUUGGUCUUCUUCUUUUGCUUUACCUUUAUCUCAACCGGCUGUCUUCUUUAAGUUUUGAGGCUUAAAACAUUAGCCAUGUUGUCCUUUUUUUUUUUUUUUUUUGCAGAAAACAUCUUUUAAUCUAAACAAAGAAAUUUUUUAUAAGUUGAAUAUUUCAUUUUAAAUUUAUGUAAACAGAGACCAUCUUGAAAUUUAGUCAAGUUUAACCAGAAAAAAGCAAUAGAAGACUUUUGUUCCUUUGGACAGUGGCAAAAGCAUUUUGUUCUGUAUACUCUGUGAUGAGUUUAUAUGGAGUAAUAUGGUCAGUUAGGAUUCAUAUAGCCGACUCCAAUUUGUUUGGACUGAAGCAUAAUUGUUGUUGACAAUGGACAAAACGUUUUAUUCUUGAAAUAGCUGAUGUUGAAGUUGCAAUAGUAGUGUUAGUUUCUGUCUCUCUAUCUUUUAUUUCUGUUUACCAUAUAAAUAAAGCCGACAUGUUUAGAGAGGAAAGAUGACAGUAUAACAUACUCCUAGUUUUUGUGAUUACUUUAUAUAAAGAAAAUAAAAGAACAUUGUUUGCUAUGGUAGCUGAGAUUAACUCUCUUGCCUUGGGUUUAGUAAAGUAGUUGAUCAAUUGAAGCUUAUGCAUAUUAACAAUCACAGACGGGAUUAAAGAGGAAAAGAUGAGGAUGGGGAGAUUGUAAUUGUAUUAUGGUUGACCUCUUCUCUUUAUGGUGUUAAGUACAGAUGGUUGACAUCUGAUGAAAGCUUGUUGAAGUGAAAAAAGACAAUCUUUACAGAUCGAAAGAAAGAAAAUUUGCUUGGUAAAGAUUAGUGCUCUCAGCUCACAAUUGUGACAUGGCUGCAAAACCUAUUGCUGAUACCAUAUGGAGGGGUAGUUUCAUGAUCUCCCAUCCGAAAGUGAGUUUGAAUCUUACGGCCCAUCUAUCAAGUAAAGCAUGCGCAAAAGUAUGGCUGGCAGCUAAAGAGAUGGCGGAGGUUCUGUGUUUUGAAUUGCUUCCCAGGCUGGAUGUCUGGCCUAAGAUAUUUAAAAGUUCUAAACUGAUUGAUGAUAAUAUUGCCAUUUAUUUCUUUUCAGUUAAAGGCAGAGAUGAUCAGGUUUUCGACAAUCUGCUGUACAAUUUAAGACACUACGACUUUGCUUUAAAAGCCUUGGUUGGUGAUUCUGAACUCCUUAUUUUUACCUCUGCUCAACUGCCAGAGAAGCAUCAGAGAUUUGAGGGUCAAUUAUAUCUAUGGGGCGUUUUCAAUGGAAGACAAGCUCCUCCUCAACACUCAUCCGAUGAUUGUUUCAUUUAUAAUACCCGAGUGACACAAGCUUCAACCCCAAAGUUAGCUAAUGAUGUUGUCAUUGGGAAGGAUGGAGGUUGCAAUGAAUUCUCCAAUAAGAAAGACCCUUCAGCACCUGCCUCAAAAACAGCUAGAAAGGGAAGGCCACUUGAUGAUGCUUGGCAACAUGCUACUCCAGUAGAUGGAAAGAAACAGAGGACAAUUUGCAAGUAUUGUGGAUUUGUCUCUUCCUCUGGAGGCAUUACUUAUCUUAAGACACAUCUGGGUGGGGGUGAUCCAACGGGUUCGUUAAAGGGUUGUCCAAAUGUGCCACCAGAAGUCAAAAGGGUGAUGACAGAAUGGUUACAAGGAACUAUAAGAGGGGUGAAUGCACCACAGCUAGAGGAUAUCAGGACUGACAUGGAAGCACGUACGUCAAAAAAAUCUGUUAGAAGGGGAAGGCCACUUGAUGCUGCCUGGGAACAUGCUACACCAGUUGAUGCAAAAAGGCAGAGGGCUGUUUGUAAGUAUUGCGGUUUCAUAUCUUCUUCCGGAGGAAUUACACAUCUUAAGGCGCAUUUGGCUGGAGGUGAUCCAAAAGGGCCCUCAAAAGGUUGUCCCAAUGUGCCGCCAGAAGUCAGAAGGGUAAUGGCGGAGUCUCUGAACAGAACAGUGAAAGGGGUGAAGGCCAUGCAGCCAGAGGAGAUCAGGAGGUUCAUGAAAGCCGAAAAUGAUUGGUCUCCUCCCAAGUCAGAUGACUAUUCGCUGAAUCAACAUAGAAUUGUCAAGAACGAGCAGUACUCAAAUUUAGUUAGUGGGGGAAAUUCUGUAAAGGAUAUGACCAUAUCAAAGCAAUCAGAGACAGCAUGUGUUGAUAGUUGUAUGGAGGUUAUAAGUUUGCAUAAUGCUUGUAAGUCGAGCUUUUUAAGCAAACCUGCAACUAGAGUAGGUUUUCUUUAACAUAAAAAUGCAUCAGUAGAUUGAGUACUAAGAGCUAGGAAGGGAUGACUGCUUAAUCUAAUCGUGAGAGCAUACUCUGUCAAUUUAUGACAUGGCGAAACAUACACGAGUACAGAUGAUGAAGUUGGUGGAGAGGUUGGUUCUUUUGAUGUACAAAUUGGUUAUGAAUCAUAUCUUAACCCGAUACUUAGCAACUUUGUGACAUUGCUAGUGAUUGUAUCUAUGAAUGUGUUGCUAUGUUCCGUCCAUCUUGGAGUGAUUUUGAAAGAUCUAUUAAGCAUGUUGAGAAAGUCCCCCCUAGCAAGGGACACCAUUUGAAAGUUCUCAAGUCUGUUUAUUGCUGUGAAUGCGAAACUGAAAUGGCUGCAUUAGCAUCAUGCGACCCUCACGGAGACUAAAUCAGCAAUGCUUUAGCCGAUGUUACCAAAGUGUUGCGAGGGUAAGAAAUAUAAUUUCUGAGUAAAGAUGUGAAGGAUGCUUCAAUGUGAGAUUGAGACUUUGGAAAUUGAAUUGAGCAAACACUCGAGUACUAACCAACAUCAGGGACAAGCUUGUGUUAAUAUGCAAAUCAAUUGCCGAUGGACUCUGUAGAUUUUCUGUAUAUGUUCCUGUAUUUUUUGAGCUGGUUUGAGAUCACUAUAACUUUUUCUUAUAGUUUAAAAAUAUUGCCCUUCGUGCGAGUUCUUCUA